GCCUAUGAGCGUCGUUUUCCCACGUGUCAUCUCAUCCCCAUGUUCGUGGGCAGCGAUAUCAUGAGUGAGUUCCUCAGUGAGGAUGGAGCAGUGCAUGUAGUGGAGAGACGGUGCAAACUGGAUGUAGAUUUGCUCCCCGGCUGCUUAAAAAGAUUGCAGGAGUAGACUAUGUCUACUUCAUCCAAAAAAAUUCCUUGAACAGACGAGAACGGACUCUGCAAAUAGAAGCUUAUAAUGAAACGUUUGCCAGUCGUAUUGUGGUCCAUGAGUAUUGCUGUUACACUGUACAUCCCGACAAUGAAGAAUGGACGUGCUUUGAGCAAUCCGCAAGCUUGGACAUCAAGUCAUUCUUUGGAUUUGAAAGCACAGUGGAAAAGAUUGCCAUGAAGCAGUAUACCAGCAAUAUAAAGAAGGGUAAAGAAAUAAUUGAGUAUUACUUGAAGCAAAUGGAGGAGGAAGGCCUAACACACCUGCCUCGAUGGACUCCUACCACCAAGCAGCAGGAGUGUCUAACCUCUACCUCAGACCAUUCCACAUCUCCUGCCCUGAACAUACCAACUGUAAAUUCUACUGAUGGACACAACAGCAGGGAUAGUCAUCCCACUUCAUCCAGUCCUCCUGAGCCUCUCAGCAGCACUCCUGAUGACAAGCUGGAGGCAGAUUAUAUUAAACGUUACCUGGGAGACCUCACACCUCUGCAGGAGAGCUGCCUUAUCCGCCUGCGACAGUGGCUGCAGGAAACCCACAAAGGCAAAAUCCCCAAAGAUGAACACAUCCUGAGAUUUUUGCGUGCCCGGGACUUUAACAUUGACAAAGCCAGGGAAAUCCUUUGUCAGUCUCUCACCUGGCGUAAACAGCACCAAGUGGACUACCUGCUGAGCACCUGGAGCCCCCCACAAGUUCUGCAUGAUUAUUAUGCUGGAGGCUGGCACCAUCACGACAAAGAUGGUCGACCGCUAUAUGUGCUCAGGCUUGGACAGAUGGACACUAAAGGACUGGUCAGAGCUCUAGGUGAAGAGUCUCUCCUGAGGCAUGUACUCUCCAUUAAUGAGGAAGGUCUACGACGCUGUGAAGAAAAUACCAAAAUAUUUGGACGACCGAUUAGCUCCUGGACCUGCCUUGUGGAUUUGGAGGGACUCAAUAUGAGGCAUUUGUGGAGACCAGGGGUCAAGGCUUUACUGCGAAUCAUUGAAGUGGUGGAAGCAAACUACCCAGAGACAUUGGGGCGGUUGUUGAUCUUGCGAGCUCCCAGAGUAUUUCCUGUUCUGUGGACAUUGGUCAGUCCUUUUAUAGAUGAGAACACAAGGAAGAAGUUUCUUAUUUAUGCUGGUAAUGACUAUCAAGGCCCAGGAGGAUUGGUGGAUUACAUUGACAAAGAAGUGAUUCCAGAUUUCCUUGGUGGGGAGUGCCUGUGCGAGGUUCCAGAGGGUGGGCUGGUUCCCAAAGCUCUGUACCGGACUCCAGAGGAGCUGGAAAGUGAGGAUAUCAGACUGUGGACCGAGACUAUCUACCAGUCAGCCAGCGUGUUUAAGGGUGCCCCACAUGAGGUCUUGGUCCAAAUAGUGGAUGCCUCUUCUGUGAUUACUUGGGACUUUGAUGUUUGUAAAGGGGACAUUGUUUUUAAUAUCUACCACUCCAAGAGAGCGCCACAAGUGCCCAAACGGGAUACUCUCGGAGCUCACGGCAUUACAUCUCCUGUGUGCAACAAUGUGCAAUUAAUUGACAAGGCUUGGCAGUUAGGCCGAGAUUACAGUAUGGUGGAAUCUCCGCUGACCUGCAAGGAGGGAGAGAGUGUGCAGGGUUCUCAUGUAACCCGCUGGCCGGGUUUCUACAUCCUGCAAUGGAAAUUCCACAACAUGCCGGCUUGUGCCACCAGCAGCCUGCCACGUGUGGACGAUGUUCUUGCAUCCUUACAAGUCUCCUCCCACAAAUGCAAAGUAAUGUACUAUACCGAGAUCAUUGGCUCUGAGGAUUUCAGGGGUUCCAUGACCAGUCUUGAAUCGAGCCACAGUGGUUUCUCCCAACUCAGUGCUGCCACCACCUCCUCAAGCCAGUCUCACUCCAGUUCCAUGGUGUCCAGGUAG